ACAUCAACGAAUGUGAAGCGACUCCAGGAAUCUGUGGUAAUGGUCAGUGUAUCAACACAGAAGGUAGUUACUUCUGCAGAUGUGAAACUGGAUACGAACCGUCUCCUGACAAGACCAGGUGUAUAUCUGCACAACAAGGAUACUGUUAUACUCGAGUUGUGGGCCGCAACUGUCAAGGUCGCAUAGCAGAAAGGAUGUCACUGCGAGAUUGUUGCUGCUCAGUGGAUAUGGGAAAAGGAUGGAGUCUUAGCGAGCAGACGUGUCAGCCUUGUCCGACCUCAGGCAGUGAUGCCCACACUAGACUCUGCAAUGCAUCUCAACCAUUCAAAAUUGAUUACUGUCGUUUGUUUGACAAGCUAUGCGAAAAUGGUCAAUGUGUCAGUCUCCAGGAUACCUUCAGAUGUGAAUGUAACCCAGGAUUCAGGACUGAUUCUCAAGGAAAUUGUGUUGACAUAGAUGAAUGUAGUCAGCCUGGAGUCUGCAGAAAUGGCAGAUGUGUUAAUACGAGAGGUAGCUUUCAGUGCCAGUGCAAUCCAGGUUUUACACUGUCAAAGGAUGGUUCACACUGCACAGAUAUGAAUGAAUGUGAAACUGCUAAAAUGUGUGCUAAUGGACAAUGUGUUAAUAUGGAUGGAUCAUACAAGUGUGUAUGCAACCCAGGUUUUCGACAAUCUCCCAACCAACAGAUUUGUUUUGACAUAAAUGAAUGUACAGAAAAUGGCAGGCUUUGCCAUAAUGGACAGUGUGUGAACACAGAAGGAAGCUACAGAUGCGAGUGUGAUACAGGUUUUCAGCUGUCCCCUGAUGGGGCUUUCUGUUUAGAUUUUGAUGAAUGCAAACGAACUGGAAUGUGUGCAAAUGGCAGAUGCCAGAACAUGAUGGGGAGUUACAAAUGCAUCUGCAACCUUGGUUUCCAGCUUGGUCCAGACGGACAGGCCUGCAUAGAUAUAAACGAAUGUGAGAUCCAUCCAAACAUCUGCAACAAAGGAAUUUGUGUCAACAACCAGGGAAGUUUCCGUUGUGAUUGUCCACAUGGUUUUGUACUUGGUCCAGAUGGAAGAACAUGCUCUGAUGUCCGUCGAGGUCUCUGCUACCCUGACUACCGAGGUGAUAGAUGCUUGAAUCCACUUCCACAUCUCAUGUCUCGAUCUGGCUGUUGCUGUAGUUUGACACCACCUGGCCAGACAUAUGCAUGGGGUUCACCGUGUGAACCUUGCCCCAGCAUGGAAGAUCCCGAAUUUAUUCAGCUGUGUCCUUAUGGAAAGGGCAAAGAUCAUGAUAGAAGAGACAUUAAUGAAUGUCAGCAGUGGCCAGAUAUUUGUCCCAAUGGAGGCUGUGAAAAUCUCGACAAUGGCUACCGCUGUGUAUGCAAUCCUGGUUUCAGAGUGGAUUCUACAGGGCUGAAGUGUCUAGACAUAAAUGAAUGUGAAGUGAAUCCAAGGCUUUGUGAUGGAGGACAAUGUAGGAAUGCACCUGGAAGUUACCACUGUGUUUGUCCAGAAGGUUUUCAGUUCAAUGCCAGAAGUCUAGUUUGUGAAGACCUGAAUGAAUGUCAGAGCAACCCUUGUGUUGGAGGUGAAUGUAUCAACACCCCAGGCAGCUUCAAAUGCAAGUGUGGAGUAGGCAGAAUUCUGGACACAACAGGCCGUAUUUGUAUUGACAAUCGACAAGGCACCUGCUGGCUGAGUAUCAUUGAUGGAUUCUGUGAGGACAACCUGCCAGGACUGCUCACUCAGUCAGAAUGUUGUGGUUCUGUCGGACAAGCAUGGGGUAGCCCCUGUGCACCUUGCCCACCACAAAGUGAGCUGCACUGUCCAAAAGGAUAUUCUUUCAAAAAUGGUGUCACAUGUGUUGAUAUCAAUGAAUGUGAGCGCAUUCCAAAUAUCUGCAAAGGAGGUGGUCAGUGUGUGAAUACAGAUGGUUCAUUUACAUGUACAUGUCCUCCUGGGCUUUCAUUGGAUACAACUGGUCGCAGAUGUAUUGAUUUGAGGAGGAGCAGCUGUUACCAGGAUUACUCCAGGAUGUUCUGUUCAUUGCCCUUCAUGGGUUUGUUCACUAGGUCAGAUUGCUGCUGUUCAUUAGGCGCUGCCUGGGGAGAGCCUUGUGCUGCCUGCCCAAGAUCUGGAACAGAGGACUUUGAGGCACUGUGUGUUGAUGGCAAGCCUGGAGAACAAAAAGACAUAAAUGAAUGCACAAUGUUCCCUGGCCUUUGUGUUAAUGGAAGAUGCAAAAACACAAUUGGUAGCUUUGAGUGUGAAUGUAAUCCAGGCUUUGCAAGAGACAGUUUAGGAACUAACUGUACUGAUAUUGAUGAAUGUAGAAUCUCUAUGGUGAGUAUCUGCAGCCCAGGCCAUUGUGUCAAUGAACCAGGGACCUUCCACUGUGAGUGUGGUGUUGGAUACAGAGGUGUUAUGAUGAAUCAGAUGUGUGUUGAUAUUGACGAGUGUGAGGAGAGUAAGACCUUAUGCCGGGGUGGCAGCUGCAUAAACACACCAGGAAGUUACGAGUGUACGUGCCCAGAAGGACAUGAGCUAGCACCUGAUGGGCUGCAGUGUAAAGAUAUCGAUGAGUGCUCUUCCAGUAGUAGUAUUUGUUCUAACGGACAUUGUGAGAACUUCAUGGGUGGAUACCAGUGCCUGUGUAAUCAAGGAUAUAUGCCCAAUGACCUGAAGUCUAUGUGUAUUGAUAAUGACGAAUGUCAGGACAGGAAUGGAGGCUGCCAGACUGUUUGUGUGAACACACCUGGUAGUUUCCUGUGCAGCUGUGGAAGUGGAUAUCUACUUCUAACAGAUGGCCGUUCUUGUGUAGAUGUUGACGAGUGCAAAGAACAGGGCAAUAUAUGUGAUGGUGGACGGUGUGACAACAUUCCAGGUUCCUACAGGUGCACAUGCUCCGGUGGACUUACUUCUUCUCCAGACCAAAAGAAAUGCCUUGAUGUUGAUGAGUGUCUCUUGAACAAAAACUUGUGCUUGAAUGGUAUUUGUCAGAACACACAUGGUUCUUUUGUCUGCAAAUGUGAUGUUGGCUACUCUGUGAAAACCCAAAUCAGAGCUACUGGAUGCACAGAUGACAAUGAAUGUGAAACUGGAGCAUCAGGUUGUGAUGAAAGUGCUGUGUGUAUAAAUACUCAGGGAUCCUUCAAGUGCGACUGUAAGCCCGGCUACACAGGAGAUGGUUUCACAUGUAGAGAUAUCAAUGAGUGUGUGAGGGAUAAUGGAGGAUGUCACCGUGAUGCAGCUUGUGUGAACACACCUGGAAGUUUUCGAUGUAUUUGUGAUGAAGGCUACAGUGGAGAUGGAUUUACUUGCCAAGAUGUUGAUGAAUGCCUUCUUGAUCCUGGACUGUGUGAGAAUGGUCACUGCAUAAAUUAUAACGGAGGAUACAGAUGUGAAUGUGAUAUGGGUUUUGCACCUACAGAAGAUGAACGAGCUUGUGUUGACAUUGAUGAGUGUUCUAUGUUCCGCAACUUAUGUGUGAAUGGAAAAUGUGAGAACAUAUUUGGCAUGUUCAGAUGUAACUGUAACCAAGGAUACAAACUGGAUUCUACUGGUGGCAACUGUACUGAUAUUGAUGAAUGUGAGAAUGCUGACAACUGCCAGUAUGGAACUUGUGUUAAUCAACAAGGCACCUAUAUUUGCCAGUGUCCACCCAACUUUGAGAGCAACCCAACUGGCACUGGAUGUAUUGACAAACGUGUUGGAUCUUGUUACCUGGAUGUGCCUCUGUAUUCAACUGGUCGCACUGGCAUUUGUAAUGACAAGAUUGCUGAUGAAGUGUCAAGAGCAACUUGCUGUUGUAGUGUGGGCAGAGGCUGGGGAGAGGUGAUUGGUUUCUGUGAACCUUGUCCUAAAAAUGGUUCAGCUGAGGCAACUGCUCUGUGCCCAGGAGGACCAGGUUUUAAACCAAAUCUGAUAACACUGGAAUUAGAAGAUAUUAAUGAAUGUUUGGAGAUUAGUGGACUUUGUGAAGGGGGCGAAUGUCAAAACACAUUUGGAUCUUUUGUGUGCACAUGCCGCCCUGGAUACAGACUUGAUCAGAACAAGAAAAAAUGCAGAGAUAUUGAUGAAUGUGAAAUUGAUCAAGAUCGUUGUGGGAUUGGCCGUUGCAUUAACACAGAAGGCAGUUUCCAGUGUAUAUGUCCAGAUGGACACAUUUUGAUGGAGGAUGGAGAAACUUGCAUGGACAUGAGAAAAGAAGAUUGCUACAGGGAGUACCGAAAUGUUUCUCAACGGACACAGAACAUUGUCUGUACAGAUCCACUUUCCACACCUCAAACUAGGUUCCAAUGUUGCUGCUUAUUUGGUUCAGCCUGGGGAAAACCUUGUACAGCAUGUCCUACUAGAGGCUCAAGGGAGUAUGAAAACCUGUGUGAAAAGGGCCCAACAAAAAUUACAGACAUCAAUGAGUGUGAGGUCAAUCCUGAUCUAUGUCGGAAUGGACGUUGCAGAGAUUUACCAUAUGGCUUCAGAUGCGAGUGCUUUAGAGGCUAUGUUUAUGAUGAUGUCAGGCAGAUUUGUGAAGAUGAUGAUGAAUGUCAGCGUACCAUCAGCCCUUGCCUUGACAAUGCUCAGUGCAUCAACACCCAAGGAAGCUACCAGUGUGGAUGUCCAGAAGGAUAUAGACUUUUGCCUGAUGGGCGCAGAUGUCAGGAUAUAAACGAAUGUGAGGAAAUUGCAGGAGUCUGUGCCAAUGGAAAGUGCAUGAAUCUGAAAGGAAGCCUCAGCUGUAUCUGCAAUGAUGGCUACAAUCUCUCGCCCCUUAGAGAGGCUUGCAUAGACACUGAUGAGUGUGAAAACAGACCUGGUAUCUGUAGAAAUGGUACCUGUGUGAACACACCAGGCAGCUAUAGGUGCCACUGCAACACUGGCUUCACACUAACCCCGGCAGGAGACUGUACUGAUAUUGAUGAGUGUGUAGUGAUGAUUGGCAUCUGCACCAACGGAAGAUGUGUAAACACACAUGGGAGUUUCACAUGUCAGUGCCCUGAUGGUUAUACUGUGUCUUCAGAUAAACAGCACUGCAGGGACGUUGAUGAGUGCCUUGAACUUUCGGCAAUGUGUGAGCGUGGAACUUGCCAGAAUUCUGAAGGAAGCUAUGUAUGCACAUGCCCCAAAGGUUAUCAGCUUGCACCCAAUGGCAGAACUUGUUUAGACAUCAAUGAGUGCCGAACAUUGACCGAUGUAUGCUUGGAUGGAAGAUGUGAAAACACAGAAGGAGGUUUUAGGUGUUUGUGCCCUCCUGGCUUUGAUGUCACUCCUGAUGGCAUGGCAUGCAUAGAUGGCAGACCUGGAACUUGCUAUGAUGGAUUUGAAUAUGGACGCUGCCAAGCUCCAAGGGCUGGUAAUCUGACAAGAGCUGAAUGUUGCUGUACAAAAGCCUCGGCCUGGGGUGUUAGUGGCCAGUGUAACUUGUGUCCAUUGGAGGGGGAUCCUGUUUUUGAUGUGCUGUGUCCUGGAGGUUAUGGUUUCAUUCCUGACAAGUCUGGAGCUAUCUCUGAUGUCAAUGAAUGUAAAGUUCACCCUGGAAUAUGUGUUAAUGGCAUCUGUAUUAACACUGAUGGCUCCUUUCGAUGUGAGUGUAGAAAAGGAUUUGUGCUGGAUUCAAGUGGAAAAGUAUGCAUUG